AUGAGGCGGUCGCUGAGCACCUACGCCGAUGGCGACGCCGUGCCCUCUCUCAGGUGGCGAACAGCUCAUAUUAUAUCCACCGCUGCAUGACGGCGACUGCUUUUCGGUGGCUACCUGAACUAGUGUUUCUUUGUCUUCAAUGGAGUGCUGACGGCAGCAGGGGCCCUCGUUGCAGGUCAGGGACGCAGAAAUGUACGGGGAGGGGGCUCCUCGGAUCCCUACUCCGCACGCUGGACCUCCUCGCGUUGGACGCUUGCACCUCGCCGCCCGCCACCCACAGCCAGAUACGCCGGCACCUGCACCGCGCCGUAAAGCCCCCCAUCCCCCCGCGCCUCCGCCGCCGCGGCCCUUGAUUUCUGCUAAUUGCGAUUUCCCGCCUGCUGCAGUGGGAGGACUGGACGCUGGCGCGGCGGGAGGAAGAAGAUGACACCGGACUCCUCAUAGUACGGUCUUUGGAGCUGUGCGCUGGAAGGACCGCCCUUGAAGAGUCACUGAUAGCCGGCUCUCACCGACCCUCGCAACCCCAGCAAUGCCACGUCAAGCUGGUGCGACUGAUCUCGUCCUUGUCUCGCCGGCUCCGCCCCCUCAGCCGGCGAGGCUUCCCAGCCCCCACCGCCGCUCUGGUACGACCCCUCCACAACAUCGUCCUCUUCUCCCCCGGCGACAGGAACUUAUAAAUUUCCCCCGCUGCUACACCGGCAGGGAGACGGGGAAAACGCCGGCGGAAUCGGCGACGCCAUGGUUGACUUCGACAUGCAAGAACUCGUGAUGCUCGUGCUCCGAAACAAGGCGGAGGCGGGGCGGUGCACCCUGGAGACCUUCCUUGCCGUCGCCAAGAGCCUCUUCUACGUCGCCAGCUGCCCGCCCGCCGCCCUUGAGCUCCACGUCGACAAGGUCCUUUUCCAGGCCGUUGACUGA